CCGCCGCCGCCGGGGGGGGCACCGGCGCGGAACAUGACCUCGAUCCACUUCGUGGUGCACCCGCUGCCGGGCACCGAGGACCAGCUCAACGACCGAUUAAGGGAAGUUUCAGAGAAGCUGAACAAAUACAAUUUAAACAGCCACCCGCCUUUGAAUGUAUUGGAACAGGCCACUAUUAAACAGUGUGUGGUGGGACCAAAUCACGCUGCAUUUCUUCUGGAGGAUGGUAGAGUCUGCAGGAUUGGUUUUUCAGUUCAACCAGACAGAUUGGAAUUGGGUAAACCUGAGAAUAGUGAUGGUUCAAAGUUGAGCAGUGGCUCAGGGGCAGGAAGGACAUCCAGGCCAGGCAGGACUAGUGACUCCCCAUGGUUUCUGUCUGGUUCUGAAACUCUGGGCAGACUGGCAGGCAACACCCUUGGAAGUCGCUGGAGUUCAGGGGUUGGUGGAAGUGGAGGAGGAUCUUCUGGUAGAUCAUCUGCUGGAGCUCGAGACUCUCGAAGGCAGACCAGAGUCAUACGCACAGGACGUGACAGAGGAUCUGGACUGCUGGGGAGUCAGCCACAGCCAGUGAUUCCAGCAUCAGUCAUUCCAGAGGAACUGAUUUCACAGGCACAAGUUGUUUUACAAGGGAAGUCCAGAAGUAUUAUUAUUCGAGAACUCCAACGAACAAAUCUUGAUGUAAACCUUGCUGUAAAUAAUUUGUUGAGUCGUGAUGAUGAAGAUGGAGAUGAUGGGGAUGACACAGCAAGUGAAUCAUAUCUUCCUGGAGAGGAUCUUAUGUCUCUUCUGGAUGCUGACAUACAUUCUGCUCACCCAAGUGUCAUUAUUGAUGCUGAUGCUAUGUUUUCAGAAGAUAUUAGUUACUUUGGUUAUCCAUCCUUUCGGCGCUCAUCACUUUCCAGGCUAGGCUCAUCCAGAGUUCUCCUUCUUCCCUUAGAGAGAGACUCUGAGCUGUUGCGUGAACGUGAGUCCGUUUUACGUUUGCGUGAACGAAGGUGGCUUGAUGGAGCCUCAUUUGAUAAUGAAAGAGGCUCAACAAGUAAGGAAGGGGAACCAAACCUGGACAAGAAGAAUACACCUGUUCAAAGUCCUGUUUCUUUAGGAGAAGACUUGCAGUGGUGGCCAGAUAAGGAUGGAACAAAGUUUAUUUCUAUUGGAGCUCUAUAUUCUGAGCUCGUAGCAGUUAGCAGUAAAGGAGAACUCUACCAGUGGAAAUGGAGUGAAUCAGAGCCUUACAGAAAUGCACAGAAUCCUUCACUACAUCAUCCACGAGCUAUGUUCUUGGGGUUAACCAAUGAAAAGAUUGUGCUCCUUUCUGCAAAUAGUAUUAGAGCAACUGUUGCCACGGAAAAUAACAAGGUUGCUACAUGGGUAGAUGAAACUUUAAGCUCCGUAGCCUCUAAAUUAGAACACACUGCACAGACAUACUCAGAGCUUCAGGGAGAACGGAUUGUUUCUUUACAUUGUUGUGCUCUUUACACGUGUGCUCAGCUAGAGAACAACUUGUAUUGGUGGGGUGUAGUUCCUUUCAGCCAAAGGAAGAAAAUGCUAGAAAAGGCCAGAGCGAAAAAUAAAAAGCCGAAGUCUAGUGCUGGUAUCUCCUCUAUGCCAAACAUAACUGUUGGAACCCAGGUGUGUUUAAGAAAUAACCCUCUCUAUCAUGCUGGAGCAGUUGCUUUUUCAAUCAGUGCUGGCAUUCCUAAAGUUGGUGUGCUAAUGGAAUCUGUUUGGAACAUGAAUGACAGCUGUCGGUUUCAGCUUCGGUCCCCUGAGAGCUUGAAAAACAUGGAGAAGGCCAGCAAAACUACCGAGGCCAAACCUGAAAGCAAACAGGAACCAGUGAAAACUGAGAUGGGUCCUCCACCGUCCCCAGCUUCCACUUGUAGUGAUGCAUCUUCAAUAGCAAGCAGUGCAUCAAUGCCAUAUAAGCGGCGACGAUCUACUCCUGCCCCAAAAGAGGAGGAGAAAGUGAAUGAAGAACAGUGGUCUCUGAGGGAAGUUGUAUUUGUGGAAGAUGUUAAGAAUGUUCCUGUUGGCAAGGUGCUAAAAGUGGAUGGUGCAUAUGUUGCUGUGAAAUUUCCAGGCACCUCCAAUAAUGCAAACUGUCAGAGCAGUUCUAACUCCGAUCCUGAUCCCUCUUCUCUCCUCCAAGACUGUAGGCUGCUCAGGAUAGAUGAACUGCAGGUUGUAAAAACUGGUGGAACUCCAAAAGUUCCUGACUGUUUUCAAAGAACACCCAAAAAGCUGUGUAUUCCUGAAAAAACAGAGAUCCUAGCAGUAAAUGUAGAUUCAAAAGGAGUGCAUGCAGUUCUGAAAACUGGGAACUGGGUUCGAUACUGCAUAUUUGACCUUGCCACAGGAAAGGCUGAACAGGAAAAUAAUUUCCCUACUAGCAGCAUUGCAUUCCUGGGUCAGAAUGAGAGAAGUGUUGCUAUUUUUACAGCUGGACAGGAAUCACCUAUUAUUCUUAGAGAUGGAAAUGGUACAAUCUAUCCAAUGGCAAAAGAUUGUAUGGGUGGGAUACGAGACCCUGACUGGCUUGAUCUUCCACCUAUUAGUAGUCUUGGAAUGGGUGUUCAUUCCUUAACAAAUCUUCCUGCUAACUCGACCAUCAAAAAGAAAGCUGCUAUUAUCAUUAUGGCUGUUGAGAAACAAACAUUGAUGCAGCACAUUCUUCGAUGUGACUACGAGGCUUGCAGACAAUACCUGAUGAAUCUUGAGCAAGCAGUUGUCUUGGAUCAGAAUCCACAGAUGCUGCAGACGUUCCUUGGCCACAGAUGUGAUGGAAACCGUAAUAUACUGCAUGCUUGUGUGUCUGUAUGCUUCCCAACCAGCAACAAGGAAACAAAAGAGGAAGAGGAAGCAGAGCGCUCUGAGAGGAACACGUUUGCUGAAAGGCUCUCAGCUGUGGAAGCUAUUGCAAAUGCAAUCUCUGUUGUGUCAAGUAAUGGUCCAGGAAAUAGGGCAGGAUCAUCAAGCAGCAGGAGUUUGAGAUUAAGGGAAAUGAUGAGAAGAUCCUUGAGAGCUGCUGGAUUGGGCAGACAUGAAGCUGGUGCUUCAUCAAGUGAUCACCAAGACCCAGUUUCUCCACCAAUAGCUCCUCCCAGCUGGGUUCCAGAUCCUCCUGCAAUGGAUCCAGAUGGUGACAUUGAUUUUAUCCUGGCCCCCGCUGUGGGAUCUCUUACCACAGCAGCGACUGGCACCGGCCAAGGACCCAGCACCUCCACAAUUCCAGGUCCUUCUACAGAACCAUCUGUAGUGGAAUCGAAGGAUCGGAAGGCAAAUGCUCACUUCAUACUGAAAUUGCUGUGUGAUAGUGUUGUUCUACAGCCUUAUCUUCGAGAAUUGCUGUCAGCUAAGGAUGCGAGAGGCAUGACACCAUUUAUGUCAGCAGUUAGUGGCCGGGCAUAUCCUGCUGCAAUUACAAUUCUAGAAACUGCACAGAAGAUUGCUAAAGCUGAAGCAACUUCCAGUGAAAAAGAAGAUGAUGUGUUUAUGGGAAUGGUUUGUCCUUCUGGUACAAAUCCAGAUGACUCUCCUUUGUAUGUUUUGUGUUGUAAUGAUACAUGCAGUUUUACCUGGACUGGUGCAGAACAUAUUAACCAAGAUAUAUUUGAAUGCCGAACAUGUGGCCUGUUGGAAUCACUUUGUUGUUGCACAGAAUGUGCGAGGGUCUGUCACAAAGGACAUGACUGCAAGCUCAAACGAACAUCACCAACAGCCUACUGUGAUUGCUGGGAAAAGUGCAAGUGUAAAACACUAAUUGCUGGGCAAAAGUCUGCUCGCCUUGAUCUCCUUUACCGCCUGCUUACCACCACAAAUCUUGUUACCAUGCCAAAUAGCAGGGGAGAACAUCUGCUGUUGUUUUUAGUACAGACAGUUGCCAGGCAAACUGUAGAACACUGCCAGUACAGACCACCUAGAAUCAGGGAAGAUCGCAAUCGUAAAACUGCAAAUCCUGAAGAUUCUGAUAUGCCUGAUCAUGAUUUAGAGCCUCCUCGUUUUGCCCAGCUAGCUCUGGAACGUGUUUUACAAGACUGGAAUGCACUGAAGUCCAUGAUCAUGUUUGGCUCCCAGGAAAAUAAAGACCCUCUUAGUGCAAGCAGUAGAAUAGGUCAUCUUCUGCCUGAAGAGCAAGUUUACCUUAAUCAGCAAAGUGGAACUAUUCGCUUGGACUGUUUUACACACUGCCUUAUUGUCAAAUGUACAGCAGACAUUUUGCUGUUAGACACUUUGCUGGGUACUCUGGUGAAGGAAUUACAGAACAAGUAUACACCAGGCCGCAGAGAAGAAGCUAUUGCUGUUACAAUGAGAUUCCUGCGUUCUGUGGCAAGAGUCUUUGUCAUUCUUAGUGUGGAGAUGGCUUCCUCUAAAAAGAAAAACAAUUUUAUUCCACAACCAAUUGGAAAGUGUAAACGUGUAUUUCAGGCAUUAUUGCCUUAUGCUGUUGAAGAGUUGUGCAACGUAGCAGAAUCUCUAAUUAUUCCAGUCAGGAUGGGAAUUGCGCGUCCUACAGCACCCUUUACCCUUGCUAGCACUAGUAUAGAUGCCAUGCAGGGAAGUGAAGAACUGUUUUCUGUGGAGCCUCUGCCACCCAGACCAUCAUCUGACCAGUCUAGCAGUUCUAGUCAAUCUCAGUCAUCCUACAUAAUAAGGAAUCCUCAGCAAAGACGAAUCAGCCAGUCACAACCAGUUCGUGGCAGGGAUGAAGAACAGGAUGAUAUUGUUUCAGCUGAUGUAGAAGAGGUUGAGGUGGUUGAGGGGGUGGCAGGUGAAGAAGACCAUCAUGAUGAACAGGAAGAACAUGGUGAAGAAAAUGCUGAAGCAGAAGGACAGCAUGAUGAACAUGAUGAAGAUGGCAGUGAUAUGGAGUUGGAUUUGCUGGCUGCUGCUGAAACAGAAAGUGACAGUGAGAGUAACCACAGUAACCAGGACAAUGCCAGUGGGCGCAGAAGUGUUGUCACUGCAGCUACUGCUGGGUCAGAAGCAGGUGCUAGCAGUGUUCCAGCAUUUUUUUCUGAAGAUGACUCUCAGUCAAAUGAUUCCAGUGACUCUGAUAGCAGCAGCAGUCAGAGUGAUGACAUAGAGCAGGAGACCUUCAUGCUUGAUGAGCCCCUGGAGCGAACCACAAACAGCUCCCAUGCCAAUGGAGCCGCGCAGGCUCCCCGUUCCAUGCAGUGGGCUGUACGCAACACCCAGAACCAGAGGACUGCCAGCACAGCCCCCUCCAGUACGUCAACCCCAGCAGCAAGUUCAGCGGGCUUGAUUUAUAUUGAUCCCUCAAACCUUCGUCGGAGUGGUACCAUCAGUACAAGUGCAGCAGCAGCUGCUGCAGCACUUGAAGCCAGCAAUGCAAGCAGCUAUUUGACAUCUGCGAGCAGCUUAGCAAGAGCAUACAGUAUUGUGAUACGGCAGAUAUCUGACCUGAUGGGUCUGAUUCCCAAAUACAAUCACUUAGUGUACUCCCAGAUUCCAGCUGCAGUGAAGCUGACAUACCAAGAUGCAGUUAACUUGCAGAAUUAUGUGGAAGAAAAGCUUAUUCCUACUUGGAAUUGGAUGGUCAGUAUCAUGGACUCUACUGAAGCUCAGCUGCGUUACGGUUCGGCAUUAUCAUCUGCUGGUGAUCCUGGGCAUCCAAAUCAUCCUCUCCAUGCUUCUCAGAACUCAGCUAGAAGGGAAAGGAUGACAGCCCGUGAGGAAGCCAGCUUGAGAACACUUGAAGGAAGAAGACGUGCUACCUUGCUCAGUGCCCGUCAGGGAAUGAUGUCAGCACGUGGUGAUUUCCUGAACUACGCGCUGUCCUUGAUGCGUUCUCACAACGAUGAGCACUCAGAUGUUCUUCCUGUUCUGGAUGUCUGCUCACUAAAGCAUGUAGCAUAUGUGUUUCAAGCCCUUAUUUAUUGGAUUAAAGCAAUGAAUCAGCAGACAACAUUGGAUACUCCUCAGCUGGAAAGGAAAAGAACUCGUGAGCUUUUGGAACUGGGUCUUGACAACGAAGAUUCAGAACAUGAAAAUGAUGAUGAUACCAAUCAAAGUGCUACACUCAACGACAAAGAUGAUGACACCCUCCCAGCAGAGACUGGCCAGAACCAUCCAUUUUUCAGACGGUCAGACUCUAUGACAUUCCUCGGCUGCAUUCCACCCAAUCCUUUUGAGGUUCCUCUGGCAGAGGCCAUCCCCUUGGCAGACCAGCCACAUCUAUUACAGCCAAAUGCUCGCAAAGAGGAUCUGUUCGGCCGGCCCAGUCAGGGUCUGUACUCGUCUUCUGCCAACAGUGGCAAGUGCUUAGUGGAAGUUACAGUGGAUAGAAACUGCCUUGAGGUUCUUCCAACUAAAAUGUCUUAUGCAGCCAACUUAAAAAAUGUUAUGAGCAUGCAAAAUCGGCAGAAGAAGGAAGGGGAAGAACAAAAUGUGCCUACAGAAGAAUCUGAGAGUUCAAAACCAGGGCCUUCAGCUCACGAUCUUGCAGCGCAACUGAAAAGCAGCUUGUUGGCAGAGAUAGGAUUGACAGAAAGUGAAGGGCCACCCCUCACAUCUUUCAGGCCCCAGUGUAGCUUCAUGGGCAUGGUUAUUUCUCAUGACAUGUUGCUGGGACGCUGGCGCCUUUCUUUGGAGUUGUUUGGUAGAGUAUUCAUGGAAGAUGUUGGAGCAGAGCCUGGAUCGAUCUUGACUGAAUUAGGUGGCUUUGAAGUCAAGGAAUCAAAAUUCCGCAGGGAGAUGGAAAAACUUAGAAACCAGCAAUCAAGAGAUUUAACAUUGGAGGUUGAUCGAGACAGAGAUCUUCUGAUUCAGCAGACCAUGAGGCAGCUGAACAAUCACUUUGGUCGCAGGUGUGCUACCACUCCGAUGGCCGUACACAGAGUGAAAGUUACUUUUAAGGAUGAGCCUGGAGAAGGCAGUGGCGUAGCACGGAGCUUUUAUACUGCUAUUGCACAGGCUUUUCUGUCAAAUGAGAAACUGCCAAAUCUAGAUUGCAUUCAGAAUGCCAACAAGGGUACCCAUACAAGUCUGAUGCAGAGAUUGCGAAAUAGGGGAGAGAGAGAUCGGGAAAGGGAGCGAGAGAGAGAAAUGCGGAGAAGUAGUGGCUUGCGAACUGGUUCUCGGAGAGAUAGGGAUAGGGACUUCAGAAGACAACUGUCCAUUGACACACGGCCCUUUAGACCAGCCUCGGAAGGAAACCCCAGCGAUGACCCUGACCCUCUCCCAGCACACAGACAAGCCCUUGGAGAACGGCUCUACCCUCGAGUGCAAGCAAUGCAGCCAGCAUUUGCAAGUAAAAUCACAGGAAUGUUGUUGGAAUUGUCUCCUGCUCAGCUGCUUCUGUUACUAGCUAGUGAAGAUUCCCUUAGAGCAAGAGUUGAUGAAGCAAUGGAACUCAUUAUUGCACAUGGCAGGGAGAACGGUGCUGACAGUAUAUUGGAUCUUGGAUUGCUAGACUCUUCAGAUAAAGUGCAGGAGAACAGAAAGCGCCAUGGAUCCAGCCGCAGUGUAGUAGAUAUGGAAUUAGAUGAUACAGAUGAUGGGGAUGAUAAUGCACCACUUUUCUACCAGCCUGGAAAACGAGGAUUUUAUACACCCAGACCUGGUAAAAACACAGAAGCAAGGCUGAAUUGUUUCCGGAACAUUGGCAGAAUCCUAGGAUUGUGCUUAUUGCAGAAUGAACUAUGUCCCAUCACAUUAAAUAGACACGUAAUCAAAGUUCUACUUGGCAGAAAGGUGAACUGGCAUGACUUUGCUUUUUUUGAUCCGGUUAUGUACGAAAGCCUUCGGCAGCUUAUCCUCGCCUCCCAGAGUACAGAUGCUGAUGCAGUGUUUGCAGCAAUGGAUUUAGCCUUUGCAAUAGACCUGUGUAAGGAGGAGGGUGGAGGGCAGGUUGAACUUAUUUCCAAUGGUGUAAAUAUACCAGUCACUCCUCAGAAUGUAUAUGAGUAUGUCCGGAAAUAUGCAGAACACCGAAUGUUGGUAGUAGCAGAGCAGCCUCUACAUGCAAUGAGGAAGGGGCUCCUGGAUGUACUUCCAAAGAAUUCAUUAGAAGAUUUGACAGCAGAAGAUUUCAGACUUUUGGUAAAUGGCUGUGGUGAAGUAAAUGUGCAAAUGCUAAUCAGCUUUACCUCUUUCAAUGAUGAAUCAGGAGAAAAUGCUGAGAAGCUUUUGCAAUUCAAGCGUUGGUUUUGGUCCAUAGUUGAGAAGAUGAGUAUGACAGAAAGACAAGAUCUGGUUUACUUUUGGACCUCAAGUCCAUCAUUGCCUGCCAGUGAGGAGGGGUUCCAGCCUAUGCCAUCCAUCACAAUAAGGCCACCAGAUGACCAACAUCUUCCAACAGCAAACACUUGCAUUUCUCGCCUUUAUGUCCCACUCUAUUCCUCUAAGCAGAUUUUGAAACAAAAAUUGUUACUCGCCAUUAAGACCAAGAAUUUUGGUUUUGUGUAGAGUAUAAAAAGUGUGUAUUGCUGUGUAAUAUUACUAGCUAAGUUUUGUAGAUUUUUCCAUUUGUCUAUAAAAGUUUAUGAAAGUUAAUGCUGUCAUACCCCUGGUGGUACUUCAAAGAUUUAAAUGCAAACAUUCCUGUACUAAAUUUGUAACAUAAAGGCCUAAGGAGCACUAGCAAUAUGUGAUUGCAACAGUUUGCUAGUCAAGAAACUCCUUUGCCUAACCCCAGCCAAAGAUGACAGCAGAACAAUAUAAUUUACACUGUGAUUUAUCUUUUUGCUGAGGGAGAAUAUGUAAAAUGUUCUGAAAAUUCACUGCUGCCUUUGUGGAAAGUGUUUCAGCAAAGGUUCUUGUAUAGAGGGAGUAGGGAAUUUCAAAAUAAAAAAUUAAGUAUGUUCUGUGUUUUUAA